AUGCAGAAAGUAAGUAUUGAAAAUCGAGAAAGAGCGUUAAAUCCUCAACAUCCCUAUAGAAAGUCACGUUUAGGGUGUGCUCGUCUUGAAGCUGAUAUGGUAGAAGAGUCGGGAGAAGAUGAGAUAAAUCACAGUCAAGUGUGGAAGGCUGCCCGCGUCAAUAAGAAUGGGGUGAUUGAUAAUGAGAAUGUUCAAAGAGUUGUGGAUAAAUGUGAGAAGUUAACAGAAGCUAUAACUGAAGAAGAGAGACAAGACCUUGGUCCUACGGACAUAUUAUUCUAG